AUGGCUACCACCGACUUCAAACGCAACGUCCUCGAGUUCUACGGGCUCUCCACCGACCUGCCCACCGAGUGGCCCGCCGACAAGGACAACAGCGAUGUCUCCGACAACGAGGAGGAGGAGAGGAAGCAGAAGCUCCAGCGCAGAAAGUCCAGGUACCAGGCCCUCGAGCGCGCCGUCAGCAACAGGUCCAGCGUCAUCGCUGGCUCCGAGAAGUCCGCUGCCGGCGUGAGCAGCCUCCUCAACCGCGACGAGCCCGACCCCUUGGGCGGCAACGAUAGUGUCGUGAGAUCCUUGAUCCAGUUUGGCGUGCCAAUCAAGGACGACACUCGCUUGCGCACAAAGUUCCUGCUCUCGUCCACCACCUUCUCCCCUUCGCUGUUCCUGUCGCAACUCCACGCUCUCGACGACACCCGUGCCCUCGAGGCUGGGCUCGAUAAUCUGUCUCAGUCCAUCGACCAGAAGUCGGCCUCCCUGAAGGUCUUGGUCGAAUCCAACUUCGAGCGCUUCGUCCGUGCAAAGGCUACCAUCGACAAUGUUUACAAAGAAAUGAAGUACAGGGGUGUUGAGCCGCCUCCGUCGCCCUCGCGGGCACGGGCGCAUUCGAGGCAUGCCAGCCGAAGCAGCUUCAGAAACAGCAGCGGCGGCGCAGCGCUGGGCACCAACCCAAUGGUCUCCCCGCUCUCCCCGGGCGUAGAUGCCCGCAAGAAGAACGCACUGGUCAAGGAGAGCGAUUACGGCGUGCAGGGCGUCAAGACGCCGCUUCUUGACGUUUCUGCAAAGGCAGAGGACGUGUGGGGGCCGGCGCUCGGUGGCAGGGAGAAGGAGGAGAACCUCAGGACUGUUCAGACCUCGUUGGACCGAUACAAAGACUACAUUGAGGCCAGCACAAACAUCGCCGAUAGCAUAAAACGGAAGGACUACGAAAACUUGGUGGAGGAAUUCUCGCGGGCGCGCAAGUUUGCUGACGAAGCCCGCAAGCUGGUGCAAGACCUAGGCUCCACGACACCCAGCGAGAGCCAGACUUAUCAGAUUCUGCUGGCCGCGAGGAUGUGGCACGACGUCGAUGACCAGAUCCAAGGCUUCAAGCGUGACAUAUGGAAGAAGCUGAUUUCGUCUCACAACGUCUCCAAGAUGGAAAAUGUUGCGGGCCGUCCCCAGGAUCAGCAUAUGGAGCUCAUUGGCCUCUUGUUCGAGUUAGGCGUCGAAGACAACCCCAUCUGGGUGUGGCUGCUUAGUCGGUAUGAUUAUCUCAAGGGGAAGAUCUCAUCCACGGCGGAUCGUGCCAAAGUAGAGAUCGAGGUUCUCAGGAGGCGGUUGGCCAAUGAGGAGAAGCCGCCGCCGCAAGCCUUAUCAUCGCAUCUGCGCAUGCUUGGGCGUCAAGCUGUAGGGAGCAAACCAUCUGGCAUCGAUUCCGCAGACGUUACAGAGCUUUGGGAAAAGAUGUUGGCCUUCUUGACCGUUCUGCUCUCUAACCAAGGUGUACUUGGAGAGGUUGUUGAGUUUUGGCAGACUGUACAAGGCUUCGUUGAUGGCACGACGCAGAAGACCCUACCCAUGGGUUAUAAUGCCGAAUCUCGCGAGCAUCAUCGGCUAUCCCAACAGGGUGCCGUGGAUCUACAAAAGGGCAUCGUUGAGCUUGUCGACAUGAUCCGACAGCAUGUACUGGAGUUCUUCGCAGGGCCUCCCCCUGAAGACAUCUCCCUACUCUUCUCGCCCUUGCCACCUUCACCCGGCACACCAAUGUCGGCAUCCUUGACGCCUACCGCCCUGAGAGAUCCCCGCUUCAAUUUUGACGCAAACAAUCUCCCACCCCCCUCACCUAAGCGCGGCGAAACGUAUGAAAAGUUUGCUUUUUGGCCCCCGAACUCCAAUUCCAUCAGUGGUGUGCACUACCUGUCCAAGAUGCUCGCGCUGGUAGGUGCGGGUGCUGCCGAGAUGGCGAGUGCCGACCCCAUCAGGCAAGGUGACGGGAGACAGCUAGAGCUAUUGAAGACGCUGGUUGCUGCAGCGCGGGAGAGGUGUGUCAACGCUAUAUGCGGGGCGUGGAACAAAGAUGCCGAAAACAUCAAAUACGUCGAGGAUUGGCACAGGUCGAGGGACCUAGGAGAUGUCACACGGAUGCCGGCAACGUUUGCCGCGUUUGAAGGCGCUCUUCUGACUGGCAUGCAGAAGAUUCUGUACAUCUCAGAAGCCAUGGCGAAGCCGGGUGCCGGCGACAUUGUACAACCUCCGCCAACGAAACUUCUGCAAAUGGUACGCAGUCAGUACGUUACGACUCUGUAUAAGGCACUGAGUGGUAUGGUCGAAAAUGCGGAGCGUUCUGUGAAGAAGACUGAAGAUGAAUGGACGCCCGAGCUGGAUCUGCCAACUCAAGAAGGGGGAGAUAACCGAGCUUCAUAUAAUGUUGAGGUCAAAACUAUCGACCCUGGUGACCGGGUAAGUGAUGCUUUUACUUCUAUUCCAUCUAGAGAACCGUGUCUCAUCAUUGUCGCUCAGAACGUCCGGAUGCUCUUAACGCUUAGCAACCUGGCCGCCUUGCGCAACCAGGUCGUCCCGAAUUUGAACUCACAGUUCGAGAACGCCUUCUCGGUGAAGCUCACCGAUGAGUCCAAGACUAUCCGCGAGACUUUAUCUCAGAUUGACGCGCGGCUGUUCCAAACAUAUACACGUCCUUCGGUUCAGGAACUCCGACGCAUCAUACGCGCGGGACUCGCUGACCCGACCUGGGGCACGUCGGCCAAACCCAGCGAAGUCAAGCCAUACGUCUAUGAAGCAUUGCUCUCGCUUGUAUUGGUCCAUACUCAAGUGAGCACCACGGCCCCGACCUUGACCACCCAGGUCUUGUCCUUCCUCCUGGAGGCGACGUCGCGCGAGCUGCUCGAGGCCUACAAGCAGCGGCCCCGCUACGACAUCGCAGCCCUGAUGCAGGCCACGCUCGACGUCGAGUUCGUCGCCCAGACCCUGUCGCAGUACACGACCGAGCGCGCCGGCACCACCCAGAGCGAGAUCUACACCAUGCUCGACUCUCGCACUGAUGACGCUACGCGCCACCGCCUGCAGGCCGAGUUGCCGGGCAUGCGCGACGUGCUCAAGAAGCUGCGCGAGCUCAGCCGCAACGAGUUCGCCUGCUUCAAGAAGCCGCGCCGCCAGCAGAGCAGCCUCGGCGGCGGCGGGCUGCCGGGCCAGCUGGAGCGCACGCAGACGGGCUAG